AUGGACACUCCUAGGGUCCUGCUCUGGGCGAUCUUCCUCAUCAGCUUCCUCUGGGAUUUGCCGGGUUUCCAGCAGGCUUCCAUCUCCUCGUCCUCCUCCGCCGAACUGGACUCCGCCAAGGACGUGAGGAGCCGCAGAGAGGGGAAGAUGCCGCGGACUCCACGAGACAGCGCCGAGGGCCGGACGCCCCAGGAGCACCAGCCGCCUGGACCAUCUCAGGGGCAGGAGCCGCCGGGCAGGGGACUGCGCGUGGUGCCUCACGAGUACAUGCUGUCCAUCUACAGGACUUACUCCAUUGCCGAGAAGCUGGGCAUCAACGCCAGCUUUUUUCAGUCUUCCAAGUCCGCUAACACCAUCACUAGCUUUGUAGACAGAGGACUAGACGAUCUCUCGCACACUCCUCUCCGGAGACAGAAGUAUUUGUUUGAUGUGUCCACGCUCUCAGACAAAGAAGAGCUGGUGGGCGCAGAACUGAGGCUUUAUCGCCAGGCGCCCCCAACGCCCUGGGGGCCACCGGGCCGACCGCUGCGCGUUCAGCUCUUCCCCUGUCUGUCCGCGCUGCUGCUGGACUCCAGGACCCUGGAUCCUCAGGGGCCAAGCCAGGCCAGCUGGGAAGUCUUCGAUGUGUGGCAGGGCCUGCGCUCUCAGCCCUGGAAGCAGCUGUGCUUGGAGCUGAGAGCAGCCUGGGGCGAGCUGGACGACGGGGAGACUGAGGCGCACGGGAGGGGUCCCCAGCAGCUGCCUCCUCUGGACCUGCGGAGUCUGGGCUUCGGCCGGAGGGUGCGGCCGCCCCAGGAGCGCGCCUUGCUCGUGGUGUUCACCCGAUCCCAGCGCAAGAACCUGUUCACCGAGAUGCGCGAGCAGCUAGGCUCGGCCGAGGCCGCGGGGGCCGAGGGGUCAUGGCCAGCGCCGUCGGGCGCCCCAGACGCCGGGCCUUGGCUGCCCUCGCCCGGCCGCCGGCGGCGACGCACCGCCUUCGCCAGCCGCCACGGCAAGCGCCACGGCAAGAAGUCCAGGCUGCGCUGCAGCAGGAAGCCGCUGCACGUGAACUUCAAAGAGCUGGGCUGGGACGACUGGAUCAUCGCGCCUCUGGAGUACGAGGCCUAUCACUGCGAGGGCGUGUGCGACUUUCCGCUGCGCUCGCACCUGGAGCCCACCAACCACGCCAUCAUCCAGACGCUCAUGAACUCCAUGGACCCGGGCUCCACCCCGCCCAGCUGCUGCGUCCCCACCAAAUUGACUCCCAUCAGCAUCCUGUACAUCGACGCGGGCAACAACGUGGUCUACAAGCAGUACGAGGACAUGGUGGUGGAAUCCUGCGGCUGCAGGUAG